GGCCAUAGUUGAGUGGUGGGAGCAACUGCUGGCAGCAAAGAGACUUGCAGGAUUUGGCCUACCCUGGGCAACUCACCGCGCACGCUCAGGACCGGGGGCUUGGUGGGAAAGGAAGGAGGGGCUUAAGAUGCGCCUGCGCAUCAGGGGCGCGCGCAAGGGGCUGAUUUGGUGAUCCCUUUAAGAAACCGCAGGCGGAGGAAUUUCUCAGAGAGAAAAUAAUCCUACUCAGGGGGCCCCUAGGAGGCCAUUACCCCCCCCCGACCCCGGCCCCCCCACCUUGUCCGGGCAGGUUCUAUAGCCCACGGGCGCACCCGUGGGACCCGAAGGUCUCCAACCCUGCGCGCGGCAUCCGCGGCGCCCUCCCCGCUCUCAGCGUCGGGCCCGAUCCGGUCCGGGGUAGCUGCAGCGAGGCGGCCGUGCCUGCAGUGUGGGCGGGGGCCGGGGGCCCGAGAGGUUCCGCCGUCACCGCGUCGGGAGCCGCAGCGGUUCCGAGUGGGGCCCAACAUGGCGGAGAGAGAGGUGGAGUCCGGCCCCCGAAAGAGGGUGGGGACUAGGGGAUUGAACCCCUGGCCUUGUGCAUUGUAACACAAGCACUCACCCAGGUGCACCACCACCCGGCCCCAAGAGAGUUUGAGCAGAAAACUGGUGCAGUUUUUGAUGAAAUUGUAGAGAACUGUGGUGGUGUCAUGGAUACAGAAAUGUCAGAAGAUAUAGACCACAACUUAACUCCUACCCUUGACAGCAUGUCUUAUGGAAUGCCGAAUCAAACAGGAUCUGAAAAUUCAUUGCUGGAUGAAGAUGAUUAUUUUUUGAACUCUGGGGAUCUUGCAGGAAUUCCAGUCGUUGGUAGUGACAAUGAGGAUGAACAGGAUUUUAGCUCAAAGGACAAUCUUGUUUCUUCAAUUCAUACUGAUGAUAGCUUGGAAGUAGAGAGAAGAGUUACACAGCAUGAAUCAGACAAUGAAAAUGAAAUACAAAUUCAAAAUAAAUUAAAAAAAGACUUUCCUAAGCAGUUUGAUCAGGUUUCUGUCUUUAAAUCAAUACGGAAAGAUUUUAGUCUAGUAAGAGAAAACAGCAAAGAGACAUUUUCUGGAAAGGAGAAAAAUAGAGAUCUAACUUACGAACGUGAAAAACGGUUGGAUAAACCCCAUAAAGAGUUGGACUCAAGGUUGAAAAGCAGUUUUUUUGAUAAAGCAGCUAAUCAAGUUGAAGAAACAUUACAUACCCAUUUACCACAAACCCCAGAAACAAACUUUAGGGAUUCCAGCUAUCCAUUUGCCAAUAAAGAAUCCAUUGGUUCGGAACUGGGAAAUUCCUUUGCAUCAAAUAUUAGAAUUAAAGAAGAACCUUUGGAUGAUGAGUAUGACAAAGCAAUGGCACCACAGCAGGGACUACUAGACAAAAUUAAAGAUGAACCUGACAAUGCUCAAGAGUAUAGUCAUGGCCAACAGCAAAAAACUCAAGAGGGGGAACUGAAAAUUAGUGCUGUGUUUUCAGUCAGUGGCAGUCCUCUUGCUCCACAGUUGACUACUGGCUUUCAGCCUUCACUGGCGUCAUCUGGCAUGAAUAAAAUGCUUCCUUCAGUUCCAGCUACAGCUGUUCGAGUUUCCUGUUCUGGCUGUAAAAAAAUCCUUCAAAAGGGGCAAACUGCUUAUCAGAGGAAAGGGUCUACUCAGCUUUUCUGCUCCACACUGUGCCUCACUGGAUAUACAGUUCCACCUGCCCGCCCACUGCCUCCUCCCACCAAGAAAACUUGUUCAAGUUGCUCAAAAGACAUUUUAAAUCCAAAGGAUGUGAUCAGUGCCCAGUUUGAAAAUACCGCCGCUAGUAAAGAUUUUUGCAGUCAAUCCUGUUUGUCAACCUAUGAGCUAAAAAGAAAACCAGUUGUUACCAUACAUACGAAUAGCAUUUCAACCAAAUGUAGUAUGUGUCAAAAGAAUGCUGUUAUUCGACAUGAAGUUAAUUAUCAGAAUGUGGUACAUAAACUUUGCAGUGAUGCCUGCUUUUCUAAGUUUCGCUCUGCUAACAACCUCACUAUGAAUUGUUGUGAGAACUGUGGGGGUUAUUGUUACAGUGGCUCUGGGCAGUGCCACAUGCUUCAGAUAGAGGGACAGUCUAAGAAAUUUUGUAGUUCAGCGUGUAUCACAGCUUACAAGCAGAAAUCAACCAAAAUUACACCAUGUGCACUUUGCAAAUCAUUGAGAUCCUCACUAGAAAUGAUUGAAAGUACCAAUAGCUUGGGAAAGACAGAACUUUUCUGUUCUGUUAAUUGCUUAUCUGCUUACAGAGUUAAAUUGGUUACUUCUGCAGGUAUACAAGUUCAGUGUAACAGUUGUAAGACCUCAGCAAUCCCUCAGUAUCACCUAGCCAUGUCCGAUGGAAGUAUACGCAACUUCUGUAGCUACAGCUGUGUGGUAGCUUUCCAGAAUUUGUUCAACAAACCAACAGGAAUGAAUUCUUCAGUAGUGCCCUUAUCACAGGGCCAAGUAAUUGUAAGCAUCCCCACUGGUUCAACAGUGUCAGCUGGAGGAAGUAAUACCUCUGCUGUUUCUCCCACUUCCAUCAGUAGUUCUGCUGCAGCUGGUCUCCAGCGUCUUGCUGCUCAAUCCCAACAUGUUGGGUACACAAGGAGUGUGGUCAAACUCAAAUGUCAGCACUGUAAUCGUCUUUUUGCCACAAAACCAGAACUUCUUGACUAUAAGGGUAAAAUGUUUCAGUUCUGUGGCAAGAAUUGUUCUGAUGAAUAUAAGAAAAUAAAUAAUGUAAUGGCCAUGUGUGAAUACUGUAAAAUUGAGAAAAUUAUAAAGGAGACUGUGCGGUUCUCAGGUGCUGACAAGUCAUUCUGUAGUGAAGGUUGCAAAUUGCUUUAUAAACAUGACUUGGCAAAACGUUGGGGAAAUCACUGUAAACUGUGCAGUUAUUGUUUACAGACAUCUCCCAAACUGGUGCAGAAUAAUUUUGGUGGGAAAGUGGAAGAGUUCUGUUGUGAAGAAUGCAUGUCCAAAUAUACAGUUUUGUUCUACCAGAUGGCUAAAUGUGACGGUUGUAAGAGACAGGGUAAACUCAGUGAGUCCUUGAAAUGGCGAGGAGAAAUGAAACAUUUCUGUAAUCUACUUUGUAUUUUGAUGUUCUGUAAUCAGCAAAGUAUGUGUGACCCACCUCCCCACAACAGUACAGCAAGUAUUUCCAUGAUGCCAGCUACUUCGGCAGGACCUCCAUCUCUAAGAAAAGAUUCAACGCCAGUUAUUGCCAAUGUAGUUUCAUUAGCAAGUGCUCCUGCAGCUCAGCCCACAGUGAAUUCCAACAGUGUUUUACAAGGUGCAGUUCCUACAGUAACAGCAAAAAUCAUUGGAGAUGCAAGUACACAAACAGAUGCCCUGAAAUUGCCUCCAUCCCAGCCUCCAAGACUUUUGAAGAAUAAAGCUUUAUUGUGCAAACCCAUCACACAGACUAAAGCCACUUCUUGCAAACCACAUACCCAAAACAAAGAAUGCCAGACAGAAGCUACUCCAAGUCAUCCCCAGAUCAUUGUGGUGCCAGUUCCAGUACCAGUGUUUGUGCCCAUACCUCUUCAUCUUUAUACUCAGUACGCACCAGUCCCAUUUGGAAUUCCAGUUCCAAUGCCUGUCCCUAUGCUUAUUCCAUCAUCAAUGGAUAAUGAAGAUAAAGUUACAGAGAGUAUUGAAGACAUUAAGGAAAAGCUUCCCUCAAAUCCAUUUGAAGCAGAUCUCCUUGAGAUGGCAGAAAUGAUUGCAGAAGAUGAAGAGAAGGAGAAAACUAUAUCCCAGGGAGGCUCCCAAGCUUCUGAACAGGAACUGUUUUUAGAUACCAAGAUAUUUGAAAAAGAUCAAGGAAGUACAUACAGUGGUGAUCUUGAGUCAGAGGCUGUAUCUACUCCACAUAGCUGGGAAGAAGAGUUAAAUCAUUAUGCCUUAAAAUCCAGUGCUGUGCAAGAGACUGAUUCAGAAUUGAAGCAAUUCUCAAAAGGGGAAACUGAACAGGAUCUGGAAGCAGAUUUUCCAUCAGAAUCCUUUGACCCACUUAAUAAAGGACAGGGGAUCCAGGCACGUUCUCGAACACGACGACGACACAGAGAUGGCUUUCCCCAGCCAAGACGAAGAGGACGUAAGAAGUCUAUAAUGACUAUGGAGCCCAGGAAUCUUAUUCAAGGAGCCUUUCAAGGGUGUUCAGUGUCUGGGAUGACUCUGAAAUACAUGUAUGGGGUAAAUGCAUGGAAGAACUGGGUUCAGUGGAAAAACGCCAAGGAAGAACAGGGGGAUCUGAAAUGUGGACUUGAGCAUGCCUCAUCUAGCCCAUGUCCUGAAUCCUUAGGAAGUUCUCAAGACCAUGUGCUCUCUCAAGAAUCCUUGGAGCCAGGCUGUAGAGUCCGAUCUAUCAAGCUGAAGGAAGAUAUUCUGUCUUGCACUUUUUCUGAGUUGAGUUUGGGAUUAUGCCAAUUUAUCCAAGAGGUGCGGAGACCAAAUGGUGAAAAAUAUGAUCCAGACAGUAUCUUAUAUCUGUGCCUUGGAAUUCAGCAGUACCUGUUUGAAAAUGGUAGAAUAGAUAACAUUUUUACUGAGCCCUAUUCCAGAUUUAUGAUUGAACUUACCAAACUCUUGAAAAUAUGGGAACCUACAAUACUUCCUAAUGGCUACAUGUUUUCUCGCAUUGAAGAAGAACAUUUGUGGGAAUGCAAGCAGCUGGGCGCUUACUCACCAAUUGUCCUCUUAAACACCCUCCUUUUCUUCAAUACCAAAUACUUCCAACUGAAGAAUGUCACUGAGCACUUGAAGCUUUCCUUUGCCCACGUGAUGAGACGGACCAGAACUCUGAAGUACAGUACCAAGAUGACGUAUCUGAGGUUCUUUCCACCUUUACAAAAGCAGGAGUCAGAACCAGAUAAGCUAACUGUGGGCAAGAGGAAACGAAAUGAAGAUGAUGAAGUUCCAGUGGGCGUGGAGAUGGCAGAGAAUACUGAUAACCCGCUAAGAUGCCCAGUUCGACUUUAUGAGUUUUACCUGUCAAAAUGUUCUGAGAGUGUGAAGCAGAGGAAUGAUGUGUUUUACCUUCAACCUGAGCGCUCCUGUGUUCCGAAUAGCCCCAUGUGGUACUCCACCUUUGCAAUAGACCCUGGGACCCUGGACACCAUGUUAACACGUAUUCUCAUGGUCAGGGAGGUACAUGAAGAACUUGCCAAAACCAAAUCUGAAGACUCUGAUGUGGAAUUAUCAGACUAAAGUGGAAGUAGGGUUCCUAUUUUCAUACACAUUGGUGUGCACCAAACUGUGAAUGCUUCCGACUUUGGAUAACAACAAGUCCAAGUCCUCUUGACUUAAGAUAAUGGAAAACAGAAAACCCGUAAGCCACAGUGUGGAUAUACAGAAGGAAAGAAUAUGAACUGAGAGAGGUUGUUCUUUGGCAGUGAUGUAGUUCUUAGAGAUUUUCAGAAUGACUAACCAAUUUCUCUGCGUGGUGCAUAAUCUUAUUUUGUUUGGGAAUAACAAAUUGUGGAAUAUUUUUAAGGAAAACUAUUGUAUAAAACUCUACCAUAGUAACCUUAGACCUUAGAGAGUUAGCUUUGGAGUGAAACCUUGGCUGCAAAAGGCUACUUGUGCAAGCCCAGUAUAAAAGUCAAGGGAGAAAUCCUUACAGAGCUAAUAACGACAUCAGAUAAGGACUGUGGAACCCAGACUUGACGACCCAAGAUAAAUAUUCAAUCCCCCCCCCCCCCAAAGGUAGAAAGUGAAGCGGUCUUUGAUUUUCACUGCCAAGCCAGUCGGUGAAGGAUAGAAGCCCCUGGUGCUUUUGCCAUUGGCCCCUCAUGUCAGGGGAAAAGCCUUCACUGCUGUUCACACAGUAAUGUGUCCCUUUCACUUUCUGGCUCUAGAAGUCUCAGUUGUGGGUCUGGAUGUGGGUAACUUAAAGUGGCUGAAACUGCAAGGUGGUUAUGCACACAGAAAAUCUGUGGGGCCCAUUAGACCCCAGGCAUCUAUUAAAAUGUUUCUAGAAAGCCCACUAAAAUGCCCACCUCUUUGGUGUCAGCCGUUAUUGCUGCUGUCUCAUAGCAUGGGCUGUGUUACACAGAAAUGGGGGGGGGUCUCCUUUUGUUUUCACUUUAUACCCAAAAGGCAGCUUUUCUCCCGUUGUUUUAUCUUCCUAUUUUCCAAAUAAUUCCUCUUAUUUGUGUCUUUUGCACUAGUUCCAGAGGCCCUUGUCAUUUCAAAAAGAAUAGUCUCUCUCUUUACUCUGGUUAUCCUGUGGGUGGUUCCCCAGAGACACAGUAUUACUUAGCUAUUGGAAUUAUGGUAGGAAAGGUCCUAGUAGGUUCCUAUGUAAAGCAUUUGGAAAACGACCUUGUGGCCCUAAAAAACUUGAAAUUAGGGAUUCUGGGUUAGGAUACAAAGACAGAAAUUUUCUGUCUUAUAUGUCCACAGGCAGGUCUUUAGAGCAUUAUUCCAAACACUGGCUGUUUAGUUCUAUGAGGAUUGCAAGUCAUAGGUGUGUUUGGCAUAUUGAUCCGUCUCCCUCACAUCCAUUCUCAAGUUUCUUCCCCACAGAAUUUUGAAUCAAAGCUUUGAUGUUGUUGACCAACACAGAACUUCUUUAACUGACAUUAAUUUGACCCCCUUAUAGUAGAAAUAAGAAGUCAAAAAAACCUCUUAGAAAUUUUAACUUUGAAAGACUUCAGUAUGUCCUUUUUUAUAAAGUGGAUUGGCAGGUGGUUUUUUUUUUUUAAGUAAAUAAAGUCAUUUAACUACAAUAAAAAUUUUAAAGUAGACAUUUUGACAUUGUGUACUUGAUGAUUCUUUUCCUCUGCUUGUAACAUUUCAUCUUUGUUACCAAGAGCUUUGUGAAAGUAAAUCUGCCCAGUUCUGUAUAAUUAAUUCCAUCUGUGUUUGUCAUUUCUGAAUGAAAAACUUCCUAUUUCUAGCCCUUGUUUGAUACGGAGGAAAAACAAAUGGAUUGUUUGAUAAGUCUGCCAAUAAAAUAUCCAGAAACAUCAAGUGUAAUAGUCCCCACUACACAAAUUUUAAGGUUUAUAUAAACACUACCAUUUCUCCCUUCUGUAGUUGUAUGAAAAACAAAUACUGUUGGCAUAGUAUGUAAAUUGUUACAAAUCACCAGAAAGAAAAAAAUGUAUCUUUUAACAAAGAACAACCAAUACUUGCAUUGAUGACUGUGUCAAGAUUUCAUUUGCAUGUUAGUCCACAAAGUCACCCAGACCCAUAAGACAAGAUCUUGAUCAAUUAUUGGUCAUUCUUCAUAAGUGUAGCUGUUUAUCUGUGUGUCAAGACUAUUUGCCUUUUUAAUUUUAUUAAAAUCAUGUGAAAUUACAUUUUUCCCUCCAGGGGAGAACAGAAUAUCAAAUAAGAAAAACACCCAAAUUAUAUUUCUAUUAUUUUUCCUUUCAACUACAUUUGGGUUCCCUUUGCAGAAAUCACAGAAAUAUACCCUUAGAAUAAAAUAGUAUAUUUGUA